AUUGAUGAGACUAUUCCGCACUCCCAAAUUCCAAAACAAGGAACACAUUGCACAGUGUCGACCACAAUUAUUUUAAUAUACUCCACCUUCGUAGCCCAUCAAAAUCAAUACCUCCCCCACUUUCUCUCUCAUAUUUUCCCAGGAAACAAACAAACUUUGCACCCUUUUCCCACAUAAAUCAAAUGCAACCCACCUUCCCCCUCUCCCUUCCUCUUCAUCUUCGUCUUCCAAUCGCUCAAAAGCUUGAUUCUAGGCUCUAGAGAUUUUUGGGUUUUCGACAUCUUCAUGGGUACUGGUGUCUCCCUUCUUGCUUGUGAAAAUGAAGGGUGUCCUUCUCGACCCAGGCUUGGAGAUUUGCCUGAGGACUGUGUGGCUUUGGUACUGUCGUACUUGGAUCCACCAGAAAUUUGCAAAUUGGCCAAGCUGAAUCGGGCGUUUCGCGGGGCUUCUCGAGCUGAUCUCGUUUGGGAGCCCAAGUUGCCCUCCAAUUAUUGUUUGGUUAUCGAGAAAGUGUUUAAGGAUUUUCCCAAAAAUUUGUGUAAGAAAGAGAUUUAUGCCAGAUUGUGUCAGCCUAACCCCUUUGAUGGAGGCACAAAGAAGGCUUGGCUGGAUAAGAGAACAGGCGGUGUGUGUUUGUCAAUCUCUUCAAAGGGAUUAGCAAUCACCGGAAUCGAUGAUCGGAGAUACUGGACCUACAUUCCAACUGAAGAAUCCAGGUUCAACACUGUUGCAUAUGUUCAGCAAAUCUGGUGGCUUGAGGUUGAUGGGGAGGUCGAUUUCCCAUUUCCAGCAGGAACUUAUAGCAUAUUCUUCAGGCUGCAGUUGGGGCGGGCUUCCAAGAGGCUUGGCCGUAGGAUCUGUAACCCCGAGCACGUACAUGGUUGGGACAUAAAGCCAGUGCGUUUCCAGCUAUGGACUUCAGAUGGUCAACAUGCCACAUCUCAGUGUUUCUUGGAUGAACCUGGAAGGUGGAUUCAGUACCAUGCAGCAGACUUUGUUGUUGAUAACUCUAAUGCACCAACAAAGAUUAAAUUCUCAAUGACCCAGAUCGAUUGCACACACACCAAAGGUGGUCUUUGUGUAGACUCUGUUCUGAUAUACCCAAGAGAAUUUAGGGAAAGGUUAAAGCAUUUUUGAAUCACACUUAACCUCUGUAGGUAGGAAGUUUUAUGUUAUAGAGGUAGGGCAUUUCUAAAAGAAAACAGAAUCAAAUACUAGUUGGUUCUUUCUGGCCUUGAAAUCAUUUGUAUGCACCAAAGGCUAUUUGUAAAUCUAUAUUUCUCUUAAGUAGCACCAUCCUAGUUGUGUGUAUUCCUUUUUCUCUCCAUUGUCAAUAGUUUCUUGUGAGGGACUUUGGGGAAGGGAGGCCAGUUGAUAUAAAUUGAAGGAAUCUGAUUCUUUUCUUUUUAGGUUUUUUCUCCAUGGUGCGAAGCAACAAAGUGCACCAUCGGUUUUUUUAAUUUUUUUUUUUCACAAAUGUUGGCUUACCUCUCCCUAAAACUUGGUGCUUACCAAGUACGGCUCUAGGUGGAUUAUACAUGUGAACCCACAAUGCUACCCGGCUUUAGAGAGAAGAAUAGGGAGAGAGCAGUAAUAUGCAUGGGAAGCUGAGUGUUGGGAGCGGUCUAGGGAAAUUGGUUGGUGGAUUCUUCUUUUUAGGACAGUUUCGAGAUUAGGAGCUCAAAGGAGAUCUUUCUCUAGAAAUUUCAAGCGUGCACAAUUGAGAGAAAGGAGGAUGAUAGUUUGGUGUGGAAUGCCGCCUGGCAAAUUCUCCAUCAAAUCCUUCUACCUUCUACUCCAGGAAGAAUUCAUGGGUUACUUUGGAGGUGAGAUUUUUUGCUUGGGAAGCUUCUUGGAAGAAUUUUCAAUACCAAUCAGCUUAAAAGGAGGGAAAGGAUUAUGCCCAAUAAAUGUUAUUUGUGUAAAAGAAAUGGAGAAUCUGGCAUAUUAUCUGCUCCUUCGUUAUCCUAAGCAAAUGUAUGCUAUGACAGCUAAUUUCUCUUUGUUUGAUCUUUGAUGUGACUUUAGGUUAUGCAUUCAAUUAAGUUGGCAUAGAAAUCUUUUGGGUUAAGAAACGAAAAGGGUUUGGAGGGUCAUUCCAUUGUAUGUGGUAGACUGUGUGGAAGGAGAGAAAUUAUAAAUGUUAGUUCAAAGGAGAGUUUUUGUUU